UCUCCGACUUCAACACCGGAUACUGAAAAAACGAACAACGACGGGGAAAAUAGUUUUUAACUGGGUCAUCCAAUUCCGAAAUCUAGUUGUCCUGAAAGCACCAUAGGAAUUCGGCCAAAUUAUGAAACCACUGAUCUUUAGGUCGGAGAAGUCGAAGCUCUAGGAUGAUCCCUGAGUCUCCGACUUGGAAUUCAGAGAUGGAUGACUGAAACUAUUUUUUCAAAGUCGGAACGCGUUCCCAGUUGUCGGGAACGCACGGUAAAUCUGAUGUCGGAGAUUCCCGAGUUCCCAGUUGUCGUGAACGCGGCAAUAGUUUGUGAGUAAAACCCCACAGAAGAAGCAGAAGCAUUGAAAAAUAACCUUCGAGAGGUAUCCCCACUCUGAGGGCGUCCAGAAUAUUUUCACAAUAGGGGCAAGAAUCAGCUGGAUCGUGUCACCCCCCGACGUUCACGACACUUAUUUUGCCACCACAAGCCUAGCAACACAUCACAGCUAUUGGUAACCGUUCACUGCGCCUCUUGGACGACCAGCGGUGUGUUUAUGUCUGUUUUACGAAAUCGAGCUGUUGUGCAGCUGUUGGAACCUGUGUGGAAACCUAGUCUACAAGCAAGGAGCUUGCAGCCACUUUGGCAAAAUAUUUUUCAUGUCAGAGACGGUGGACGCUUGCAGUCGUUUAUGUCAUCCUCUAUUUUCCAGACAGAAGAUCCCGAAACAUCUCCAUUCAAUAUAUUUUUAUCUUACUGAUAGUGCUAGUAGCCAGCCAAAAUGUCUGUUAAUGUCAACCGCAGUGUGGCAGACCAGUUCUAUCGCUACAAGAUGCCCCGUCUGAUUGCUAAGGUUGAGGGCAAAGGAAAUGGAAUCAAGACCGUCAUUGUCAACAUGACUGAUGUUGCAAAGGCACUGAGUAGGCCUCCAACAUAUCCAACCAAGUUUUUUGGUUGUGAGCUUGGUGCUCAGACCCAGUUUGAUGCAAAGAAUGACCGCUUCAUCGUCAACGGAUCCCAUGAGGCAAACAAGUUGCAGGACAUGCUAGAUGUAUUUAUCCGGAAAUUUGUGCUCUGUCCUGAGUGUGAUAACCCUGAAACUGAUCUGCAUAUCAAUCCUAAGAAACAAACAAUCGGUAACUCCUGUAAGGCCUGUGGGUACCGCGGCAUGCUAGACACACGACACAAGCUCUGCACAUUCAUCCUCAAAAACCCACCAGAAAAUGAACCUGGGUCUGUGGAGAAGAAGAAAGAUAAGAAGAAUCGUAAGAAGGACAAGGAGAAUGGUUCUGGCAGCGUUGAGGCUGGGAACCAUAACGACAUAGAUGCCCCUGAUGCCGUGGACGGUGAAGAUGAUGAGGAUUGGGCAGAGGAGACCACGGAGGAGGCACAGAGACGAAGGAUGGAGGAGAUCAGCUCCCAUGCGAAGAACCUGACCCUCAGUGAGGACCUGGAGAAGACCCUGGAGGAGCGGGUCAACAUAUUCUAUAACUUUGUCAAACAAAAAAGGGAGGACUGCGCCGUUGAUGCAGCAGAUAAGGAGAUCUUGGUGGAGGCAGAGCGUCUGGAUGUGAUGGCCAUGGGACCGCUGAUUCUGAGCGAACUGCUGUUUGACGAAAACAUCCGUGACCAGAUCAAGAAAUACAAACGCCAUUUCCUUCGCUUCUGUGUGAAUAACAAGAAGGCCCAGAAGUACCUCCUGGGAGGCUUUGAGUGCUUGGUGAAGCUGCACCAAGCCCAGCUGCUGCCCCGUGUGCCUGUCGUGCUCAAAGACCUGUAUGAUGCUGAUUUAGUGGAGGAGGAUGUCAUACUGUCCUGGGCAGAGAAGGUGUCCAAGAAGUAUGUCUCUAAGGAACUUGCCAAAGAGAUCCAUGCGAGGGCAUCUCCUUUCAUCAGGUGGCUGAAGGAGGCGGAGGAAGAGAGUGAGGGCAGUGAGGUAGAGGAGGAAGAGGAUGAUGAAAAUGUGGAGGUUGUGUAUGAUUCUUCUGCUCGGGAACUGAAAGUGGAGACAGUAAAACCGAACAAGCCUGACGAGGAAGAGGACGACUUCGAUAUUGAUGCAAUUUAAUUAAACAAGGAUGCCAUUUUUGAGAAGUUGUAGCUUUGAAUCACAUUUUUUUCAUCUUGUCAAAUCACCAGCCCUCCUUUCCUUUUCUCACACCCUCACUGCUUCCUGGCAUGAUUAACAUGGCGCUAUGCACAUUUCCUCUGUAAUUUUGAGAUGUAUCCGAUCUGAGAUAUGGGUCAGUUUUGGGGGAGUUACUUGACUGGUAUGAAUUUCUUCCCUUUUUUUGUCAUUAAAUGUUUUACUGUCCACAACUAUUUUGUUCCAAUUGAGUUUUUAGAUGGUAUUGAUAUUGUCAGCUCUGUGGUAUGUGUAAACUGUGCAUAACCUCUGGAUGUCACUCAGUACUCAACACACUUGUGGUAUUCCCCCUCUUGACAAGUCAGCAGUGCCAUUGCAGCAUAUUUUUGAAUUGAUACAACUUUUUGGAAUAAUGAGAGCACAGAAAACACGGAAAUAUAUGAAGCUCAUCAGGGUGACUCCUUAACCCCCCUGAUUUGUAUUCAGUAUAUUGCAUCAGCAUAUAUUAUAUAGGCCUACUUCACUUGGAUGAGGCAAAUAUACACUGAACAAAAAUGCAACAUGUAAAGUGUUGGUCCCAUUUUUCAUGAGCUGAAAUAAAAUAUCCCAUUUUCAUACUCCCA